AUGGUUCAAGCGUGGCAACGCUACGCACUGGAAAUUGUUUCCGCCAAAACAAUUGUAGAGGAGACGCUCCGAAAGACACUAGACUUCCCAAACAACCACGAGCUGACGUCGCGAUGA